AUGUUUAUGAGUAACCGCUUAUAUCGAUUUCAACUGUUGAGCCAAUAAUAAUAACAAUUUAACUGCACCAUGAGUGAUUCGCAGUUGAAACCGCCAGCAUCAAUGGAUAAAACCCCUCUGAAGCCACCAGCUGUGGCUUCCUUAGCUGUCAAUAGCUUACAGCUGCCCAGCUCAGCGGCACAGAAACUGAAGAGCUCGGGCUCCGCAACAGGCAAUCCACGCAACAAAUGCGCCCUGAAGCCUGGCUACUCCUUGAUGAGCUGGAUACGUCUAUGCAAUUCGGGUGCUGAUCUUUCUGGCACUGGAGGACGCGUGGUACCAGUUAGUCGUAGUGAACUGGCGCUUCACAAUCAGGUGAACGAUGCCUGGAUGGCUAUACGAGGCAAAGUAUUCAACGUAACUCGGUAUAUGGACUUUCAUCCGGGCGGAGUAGAUGAGCUAAUGCGCGGUGUUGGACGUGAUGCUACCAAGCUGUUCGAUGAAGUGCAUGCCUGGGUUAACUACCCUCAGUUGCUAGGCAAAUGCUAUGUGGGUCCGUUGAAGGAUAACGUUGUGGUCAACGAAGAAACAGAUUUAAUCCGUCCACCGCCAGCCCCAACGGAGCUUGUGCCGCGUUUCGAUUGGAUUCAACAGCGCAGUGAAUUGACACUCUGUUUCUAUACGCGACGCCUGGCUAAUCCAGGAUUGCUGCUAAAGCGGAAGGACACUUCUGAUGUGGAGCUGGAGGUACGCGUGCAAUUGGCGAACAUCUGGCAUGUCUUCAGUUUCAAGAUUAGCGCCGCCAUUGUCUGGCCGCCUAAAGCUGUGCGUGUGGGUCCAGAGACGGGCAAAAUCGAAGUGGUGCUCACCAAGCAGGUGGCUGAGCCAUGGCAGACAUAUGGCAGCCAUGAGAUAAGUAAGCUGAAUUCAACGUGUGAUGAGCACUUAACAUAUGAGGUGCUGAAUUGCGAGGCAUUUAAUCAUGACUCUUUUGAGCUGUGCCUGCAAAGCAUUGAGCAAUCGGUGCUUGUGCAUCUGCCAGUGGGCUAUCACCUGGAUAUCCAGCUCCCACACAAUGGUGAGUUGCUAGAGCGAAGCUAUACACCCGUGCCACACAACUGCCUGCUUUCUAACAGCGAACAAAUCGACGCCAAUGCGAGUCCCAGCACUCGACAAGAAUUUCUCAUAAAGCACUAUGAAAAGGGAGCAGUUUCCAGUCAGUUAAAGCAGCUCCAACCAGGUUCCACAGUGCAAUUGAGUCUGCCGCGUGGCAAUUUCGGGCUAUCCGCAUUAGAGGCACAUCGCAACAUUUUGCUGUUGGCUGCGGGCAGCGGUAUUACGCCCAUCCUAAGUCUGCUGCGGCCUUUGCUCAAGCGGCAAUCGAAUCGCCUCGAACGUCUUCACCUGAUGUACUUCAACAAGACUCAAGCCGAUAUCUGGCUUAAGGACAAGUUUCAAGCUCUACAGGAUGCUGAUGAACGCUUCACUUGCAAAAACAUUUUGUCGGAGGCGGGUGGUCGUAUUUCCCAAGAGCUGCUGGCGCCUUUUUUCAGUAGGCAGCAAGCCGAGUCCUUCAGCUUUGUGGCUGUAUGUGGACCUGCCGGCUUUAAUACAGCCGCGGUGAACAGCUUGAAGGAACUACAAUUGAAGCCGGAGCAGAUGCAUGUUUUUCAGUGAUAAAAUUUGUUCAAAUAGUCAUGCUCAAUAAUUUCUUGUUUAAAUGAUAAUCAGGCCAGUGACAAUUAGUUGC